AAUACAACCAAGAGUUGUUUAUGGUUCAGUCAGAGCUGUGAGAUUUGUGAGUGAACCUUGAAAAUGUUCUUCUUCCUCCUGGGUGUCCUUUUAAGUGUUUUGAUUUACAUUUUUUUAAUAAAACCUUGCAACUAUUGGAAAUUAAUAGGAAUCAAGCAUGCGCCGUGUUGGCCCGGGGUGGGAAGCAUGGGAAAAGUUCUUUUCAAAAAGGAAGCUUUUAUGGACGUUUCGUUCAAUUUAUACAACAAACAUGUAGAUGAAAGAUAUGUGGGGUACAUGCAAUUCAUGCAACAAUGCCUUCUGCUUCGCGACCUGGAACUAAUCAAACAAAUUACUGUGAAAGACUUCAACCAUUUCACCGACCAUGCAAUUUUCGGACAAGGAACGGACGCCGACCCCAUGCUAAGCAAAAGUUUGGUGAGCCUCACCGGCGAAAAAUGGAAGAACAUGAGGGCUACUCUAAGCCCUGCUUUUACCAGCAGCAAAAUGAGAAACAUGUACCUCUUAAUAGAAGAAUGUGUUUCGAGCUUCGUCGACAACUUAGAAGGAGAAAUGGAGCUAGAAAUGAGGGACACAUUUUCAAAGGUUGCCUGCAACGUAAUUGCCACCACGGCCUUUGGAAUCAAAAUCGACUGCCGAAAAGAACCAGACGACGAAUUCUUGAAAAUGGGACAACUUUUGGCUGACUUCAACCUGUGGCAAACUCUCAAACUAAUUGUCGCCCAAACGUCACCAAAACUGGCUGAAUUUUUCCAAAUCGAGGUGUUUCCGCCAUCCGCCACCACGUUCUUCCGGGCCAUCAUCAAAGACAACAUCAAGAAAAGACAAGACAAUGAGAUCGUUCGUCCCGACUUAAUCCAUCUUCUACUGGAAGCACGUAAAGGCAAACUCAAAUUUGAAGACGAUGACAAGACCGAAGGUGUCCAUUUUGACUCUACAACGCAACACGUCGAACUCACCGAUGAGCACAUUAUGGCACAAGCGAUGUUGUUCUUUUUGGCGGGUUUUGACACCAUUACCACAACCGCGAGUUUCAUGGCACACGAAUUGGCUGUGAAUGUUGACGUUCAAAAAAAACUUCAAGACGAAAUUGAUGGGGUUAGGAGCAAAUUUGGUAAAAACGUGCCGUAUGAGGCUUUACUUUCCAUGAAGUAUCUGGACCAAGUGGUUUCAGAAACUUUAAGACUGUGGCCUGCAGCAUUUGAGACCGAUCGACUUUGUACUAAGGACUACGUGAUCCAGUCGAAGAAUCCUGGCGAAAAACCCUUUUUGGUUGAAAAGGGUGUUGAUGUCGUUAUUCCUGUAAUGGGGAUACACCGGGAUGCUCGCUACUACCCAGAACCUAAUCGUUUUGAUCCGGAGAGGUUUAGUGAUGAUAAUAAGGCGAAAAUUGUUCCGGGGACGUUUUUGCCGUUUGGGUGGGGUCCAAGGAAUUGCAUUGGGUCAAGAUUUGCUGUUCUGGAAAUUAAAACUAUAUUUUAUCAUUUGCUUUCUAAAUUUGAACUAGUUCCAGUUGCCCGGACUGAGACACCCAUUAGGAUUAGCAAGGCGCAUUUUAACUUACAACCAGAAAGUGGGUUUUGGUUGGGUUUUAAACCCAGAAAGUUGGAUUGAUUUUUUGUCUUAGUUUGAAUUUGUUUACCUGCUUUGUAAAACCAUGUUGUAUUUGUGGAAUAAUAUAGAUGGAAAGGGUUGAUGAGACUCAAUUUUUCAUAAAAUAUAAAUUAUCUUUAA